UACCACAUACCGGAGCGCCGUUUGUGCUUGUUCCUUCCAGUGUUGCUGUCCGCUGCCACAUAGCAGAGCGCCGCUUCUGCUGAGAAUUUACUUGAUUGCUCUACUUGAAAAGUUGAAAACCAUGUCGCUGGGUAGUGCGGCAUCGAUCUUCCUUGACAUUGGGAAUUGUGGUACGGGCAUGAAGAUCUUUAUGUGCUUCAUAAUCCUUGGAAUGAUGGGACAUGCCCAUGGACAAGCGAACAGCACCAGUGCCGACGGGGCAGCGUGGACCGAAGGAGCGACCUUAACGUUCUACGGUGAUGCCAACGGUGGAGGCACAUUGGCUGGAGCGUGCGGGUAUGGGAAUCUAUUGGCAACCCCUUACAAGCUGAUGAUUGCAGCCGGAAAUCCUCCAAUGUUCGAAGAGGGGUUGGGAUGUGGUAGGUGUUGGGAAAUCCGUUGCGUGGGCAAUCCUGGAUGCACGGCCACCGUGACUAUCACGAUGACAGAUCUGUGCCCUUGUGGAUCGGACGGCGUGCAUUUCGACAUGAGCCAGCCGGCCUUCCAUGCUCUGGCCAGUGGGCCCGCAGAAGCGGAGCAGCUCGUCACGGCGGGGAAAUUGCAAGGUCAAUAUCGGAGGGUUCCGUGCGACCUCGGCCUUGGGAAAGCAUUCACGGCAAUUGUCCGUGCGGCGACAAACCCGAGUUUCUUAUCGAUUCUCAUGCGGGAUAUUCCCGGUGCUGGGGACAUCAAGACGGCGGAGUGCGCGCCAGGUGGCGGAUCGACGUUCUCUCCGAUGACUCAAGACUUCGGCGCUAUGUACAACUUCAACGGCAAAUGGACCAGCCCGGUUUCACUGCGGUUAACUCUAGGAGAUGGACAAAUUCUCACAGGUAUCAGCUGCAUUCCAGCUGCUUGGAAGCCAACCACCACCUAUACAUGCAAGUAGAAUUGAGUGAAAAGCGAGACACUGUGAUCAAUCUGUUUAGUAGUAGUCGAAUACUAGAUAGGAUCACGGAACGGCAUCUGAUCUUCGGUCAAAAGGUCGAUUUGACGUUUUAUAAGUUAUAACAGAUAUACAUUGUACAACAACUGAAUGAAAUGAUCGGGAACCA